CCCAGGACCGAAGCGGGUCGGUGCCCCCGUGUAGAGAGAGGGGCGGCCGGGCUCCCUGGACCCGGACGGCCCCCGGCUGGGCAGGAGGCUGGGGCCAGGGGCCGGCCAUGUCCGCUCGCGCCCCGGUGCCCGCCGCUGCCCCCCGGGAGGACCCGCCCGCCGUGGCCGGCGACCGGGACGCUCUGUUGGCAGCGGCGAGCCGGCGGGCGGAGCAGCCGGCGCCCGGCGAGCGGGAGGGCAAGGAGGCGAGGGAGGAGCGGGCCGCGGCCGCCACCAGCGCGGGGGCGCGGGGAGAGCCGUCGCCGGCGCUCGUGCUGGGACACAGCGUGCCGCAAGCGGCCGUGCCCGUGAGGCCGCUGGCGCUGCACCUGGCACACAAGGCGCGCGCGCCCGGGGGUCCCUUCGGCGGGGAGGCCCCACCGCUGCCACCGCCGCCGCCGCCGCCAGCACCGCGGGACCCUCCCGAGGACGCCCAAGAGGACCCUGCGGCGGCCGGCCCCGAGGACAAGCCGCCGCCGCCGCCGCCGCCAAAGGGGAACCCGUGGACCAAGAAGCUGCCGCAGCACCUGUCCCCCGUGGGCACCGGCGCGCCGCCGCCCGCUCAGGACGCCCCGGAGGCCGAGCUCAGUUCCCCAAAAAUUAUAAAAGCGGGAAAACUCAAGACAAAGAAAUCCAACAAGGCUAGUGACUUCAGUGAUAUGGCCAACUGGCCAACACCAGGUGAAUUAGUGAACACGGGGUCUCAGAAUGUUAUCAGCCAAGGAAAUAAGAAGCCACAAUUCAGAAAAGAAAAAGAAGAGAAGAUUGAAAAAAGAAGCAACAGUGAGAGCAAAGAGAAUCGGGAAGCAAAACUAGAUGGUCCUGUUGAGAAUGUCAGCGAGGAUGAGGCUCAGGCAAGCAGCCAGCGGAAGAGAGCUAAUAAGCACAAAUGGGUACCACUCCACUUAGAAGAUGUGAGACCAGACAGCCAGGAAAGACCUGGGUCCCGGAACAGCUCUAGAUGUCAACCCGAAGCGAAUAAACCAGCUCACAGUAAUAGGAAAAAUGAUACACGAAGUUGGAGACGGGAUAGAGAAAAGAAAGAUGAUCAAGAUGAAGUAUCCAGUGUGAGAAGUGAGGGUGGUACCAUCCGAGGUUCCACAAGAGGCCGAGGAAGAGGCCGGGGCCGGGGAAGAGGCCGAGGUCGAGGAAACCCUAGAUUGAACUUUGAUUAUUCCUAUGGUUAUCGAGAGCCAGGGGAAAGAACUGAUCAGCCAUUUCCCACAGAGCUUAACACCAGCAUGAUGUAUUACUACGAUGAUGGCACAGGGGUGCAGGUCUAUCCUGUGGAUGAAACACUGCUGAAAGAGUACAUAAAGCGCCAAAUUGAGUAUUACUUCAGCACAGAGAACUUGGAGCGGGACUUCUUUCUUCGCAGAAAGAUGGAUGAGCAGGGAUUCCUGCCCAUUUCCCUGAUUGCUGGUUUUCACCGUGUGCAAGCUCUCACCACAAACCUUAAUCUCAUCUUGGAGGCACUGAAGGAUAGCACAGAAGUAGAAAUUGUGGAUGAGAAAAUGAGGAAAAAGAUUGAACCAGAAAAAUGGCCAAUCCCAGGCCCUCCUCCUCGAAAUGUGCCACAAACAGACUUCUCUCAGUUGAUUGAUUGUCCGGAGUUCAUACCAGGCCAGGCCUUUGGCUCCCAUACAGAGUCUGCCCCAAACUCUCCAAGAACUGGAAGUCCACUGAGCCCAAAGAAAAAUACCGAAACAAAUACUCUCCGAGUGGUGUCUAGAGGUUUGUCUACCAGCUUACCUGACCUGGACUCAGAACCAUGGGUAGAUGUGAAAGAGAGGCAUCAUCCAUCCACAGUGACGUUAAAGGAAUCAAUAUCUGUACCUGAAGAGACAUCAAAUCAACUAACCUUUCCAGAAGAACCAGAACAAGAAGAACGUGACUUUUUGUUUGAUGAAGAAAUGGAACAGACAGAAAGAAGGAAAAAGACAUUUAAUGAUUGGUCUGAUAAUGAUUCAGAUUAUGAAAUUGAUGACCAAGAUUUAAACAAGAUUUUGAUCAUAACUCAGACACCACCUUAUAUGAGAAAACACCCUGGAGGAGAUCGAACAGGCACCCAUGCAUCACAAGCAAACAUUACGUCAGAACUUGCUGAAAUGAUUAGUGAUGGCUUGUAUAAUUACUCUGAACAGGACCUGUGGACGGAAGGUGAAAAUACACGCACAGCCAUAAAGCAAGAAGUUGAGAACUUUAGGAAGCUAAGUCUCAUUAGUAAAGCGCAGUUUGAAAACCUAACCCUUGAACUUCCUUUUGAGCUAAACCGAGUUCUUGUAGCACCUUUACAGUCCAGGCAAGGUAAAGUCAGAGGUCUGGGUAGGAUUCCAAAGGAUAAUUUGAUUGAUAAAUGAGCUUAGAAGCUGUUAGAUCUUUCAGAAAUGACUUCAGCAACAAAGGCUCACACAGUGCCCUCUGCAGUUCCAUCAUCUCUCAGGAUUCAUCCUGCGUGCACUCCUAAAGCACAUCGAAUGACUUGGUCACAAGAUCCUAACAAAACACUGAGAUUUUAUCCUGUGGUCAAAGAACCAAGUGCCUUCGAUGUAAAGAGUCCACGAAAGAGGAAGACGAGUCACAGCACAAACCCCCCUCUAGAGUGUCACGUUGGGUGGGUGAUGGAUUCCAGGGACCAUGGGCCAAGACCACCCUCUGUCAGCAGUUCAGCUGCUUCACCCUCGGAAGGUGCACCGCUUGCAGGAAGCUGCAGCUGCACCCCUCACUCAUUCCCAAAGUUCCAGCACCCAUCUCAUGAGCUGCUGAAGGAGAACGGCUUUACCCAACAAGUGUACCACAAGUAUCGUCGAAGGUGUUUAAGUGAGAGAAAACGCUUGGGAAUUGGACACUCACAGGAAAUGAACACCCUCUUUCGUUUCUGGUCCUUCUUCCUCAGAGACCACUUCAAUAGGAAAAUGUAUGAGGAAUUUAGACAACUUGCUUGGGAAGAUGCAAAAGAGAAUUACAGGUAUGGGUUAGAAUGUCUUUUCAGGUUUUAUAGUUAUGGACUGGAAAAAAAAUUCAGACAAGAAAUUUUUAAGGAUUUUCAAGAAGAAACCAAAAAAGACUACGAAUCUGGCCAUCUAUAUGGACUGGAAAAAUUUUGGGCCUAUUUGAAAUAUUCUCAAUCUAAGACACAGUCUGUUGACCCAAAACUUCAGGAAUACCUCUGUAGUUUUAAGAAGUUAGAAGACUUCCGUAUUGAUCCCCCUAUGAGUGAGGAAUUUGGAAGAAAAAGACAUUCAUCUACUUCUGGGGAGGAGAGUAAUCACCAUAGACUCCCACCUCACUCCUCCACACCACCAAGUGCUGCUCAGCCUGCAUCUACCAGUGAACUGCAGGAGAAAGCCACAGGUACCCAGUGACAACUCACACCAGGACAGUGCUGCCUCGGCCCCCGUGGGUGAAGGACCAGGGAAGUAGAUGAUCACACGAAAGUGUGUGUCCUGGGAAUCAGCAUUAGCAUCUUCUCAUGUUUAAUUGUGAUAAUCAGAAAACAAAAAGGAAGAAAAAUGGUUGUCUAUUUUUCUAGCAAGAUAAAUUCCACACAUUUACCCUGAUUCCACAAACAAGGUCUGUUUGACCUUAGGAGAUCCUGUAGUAAUGCUCUUUGGCCUCAGGUUUUCUUGAAGGACAUUAUUUACAAGAACAAAAUUCCUUUAAUACAUUUAAACACACCCACACAAGGAAUACCUAACAUUUCAGCUCAUCCUUCUCACAGAAGAUACACUAUGUUGUAUUCAUCUCUUCUAUAGAACUCUUAAAGAGUCAAAUAGUCCCACUGUCUGUCCAUAUCUGAACAUGUCAAAAGCAAGGAAGAAUUAUGUAUAUAGGUUUUAAGUUCAGAAAUGGAUAUGAAAGAUACAUUUUUUCUUGUAUAUACAUAGUUUGAAGGAAAUUUUUUCUUUGUUUUUUAUUUUUAUUAUUUUUUCCAAAACAAUGCACAGCAGACUAUAGUUGUCGUGAAGCCUAUGGGCUUCGGACGUUGCUGAUUUCACAGUGCUAUGUCGAUAUGGAGCCUUCUGAAUUGGCACAAGUUGGGUAUAUAGAUUCAGACAGAUUGACUUUUGUGAUUCUACAAAAACUUGCACAUAUGAUGGAAAACAAUUGGGUUCCGUUGGAACAUUUGUGUAAAUAAAUUAAUUUGUUUUGAAUGUGUCUGCUGUUUAUAUCUGAAAGUGGGUGUGUCAGAGCAGUCGUAUAAUCAUCACCUAACAAGCAUUUUGUUGUUUCUUUUUGUUUCUUUUAAUUUUGCUUAUGCUCAUAAUUGUUUUCAAGAGUUGAAACAAAUUGAUUUCUAAUACUUAGUGCUAUUGCAACUGAUGUAAAUAAUAGUUUUGUUUUGUGAAAUUUAAAAAAUAAAUUAUUUUGAAUGAUUUGAA